AUGUCUCACUCUAUGAAGGAAGCCAUGGAACCCGGCUCAUCUCUGAGCGGGACAGACAUAGAUCAAGAUGCCCCAAUGGAUCAGUCAUCUAAGUUCCUCAGUAUCCCCAGAGAAUUGCGCGACAACAUCUAUGAGCAACUCAUUCGAGUUUGUUGGGAGGAGACUGUUCUUUGGUUCACUCCAAAAUAUUUUGACAAGCCAAUAUACCACCCCAAGACUACGUGGGCAUUGAGUUAUGGACCUCCUCGUGUCUUGCUACUGGUCAAUAGGCAGACGGCAGAAGAGUACAGUGAUUCAGUCUCAAGAAUAUCUCGGAUGGCGGGCAACAUUAAAAUAAAGGUUCGCAAGGGACGUUGGUAUGCGGCCGAGUUCGCAGAUCCGGUCAUACCACACUUCACACCGCACCAACGGCCACGAAUCCGUAUUUUUGAGUUUCACUCCACCGUUGUGUCACGUUUUGGUUCCUCGCCUGGAUAUCGCUGGUCGCCCCUUGAUACAAUUCUGACAGCUGAGCAGGUGAUUAUGAAGCGGUUUCCGGAAUUAAGAGUUCUGAUCUUGUCAAUCGUGAUCAAACGUUCGGCAGACUUAACAACCAAACCCAAAGAUGUCGAUAUUGAGAGGUUCUUAGCAUACGGGCCUCGCCGCACUUGGCAGUUGCAGCGCUUGGAAAAGAGGAUCCAAGCGGAACACAUUGACAGGAUCGUCUUCACGUGGGAUUGGCGGACCAGGAUUGACCGUCCCGACAAAAACACUGGAAAAUGGGUUUUGAAAUCGGACAGUCACAGAGAUAUAAAAUUCUGGGAAAUCUUCGAGGAUAUCCUUUUUAAUUCACCCCAGGAUAGGGAGGCUUCGUUAGGUGAACUAAUCGAUGUCUACAGUGCCAUUGGCCGUGGAUAUGAGAAGUGGGUGGCUACAGGAAAGUCGGAGAAGGCCACCGAUCUCAUUGAGAUUCUCCGAGAGGAAGGUAUCUGAUUGAUCUCUGAAUUGUGCGA